AUGUCACUACCCAGGGGACUACUAAUAGAUAAUCAAACUAGGUGUGUUCAUUGGAACUCCGAAUUAGAUAUUGUGUGCUUCAAAUUCAAAUGUUGCCAAAAAUUCUAUUCGUGCCACUCCUGUCACGAUUCUUUGGAAACUCACACUACCAAAAGGUACAGUUUGACCAAAGACCAGAAAGAACCGGUGGUUCUCUGCGGCGCGUGUCGUAAUAUCAUGACCUUCGACCAGUAUCAAAGCAAGCUCGCGUGUGGUUCACAUUUGCAAUGUCCCUCGUGUCGCGCGCCUUUCAAUCCCAAUUGUAAACUGCAUUACUCCAUUUAUUUCGAUAUAUAA